AUGGACAAGGUCUGGUUCAAGCUGAGGCAUACACACAACCCUGCACCGGAUGAAAAGACACUCGGGACCAGUACGGAGACGGGGCCCAUCCUCCUUGGCCAAUUCAUACCCGAUCUGAAUCAUCUCGACCAGGUCAUCAAUAGAGGUGACAUCAAACCGUUCCCCGGCGAGAUGAAGGUCUGGCACUCUCAGACUAUCAAGUUCAAGUGGGAUGACUCCCAGUCCACGCAAGCUGAUGCAUCAGUAUCCGCAAGGGCCCCUGCUGUCACUGCUGCUGGUGUAGACAUUCAAGCAACUGCCAGUGGGGCCUUUCGGAAAUCAGUUGAGAACUAUUCUGAGUUUGAGAGCUUGGACUGCUACAUCGUAAACCCAGUCAAGUCGUAUGUCAACGAGUAUCUUGCGGGGGGUUCAGUGGCGGACCACGUCAAGUCUGAAAAGACAUUGGGAACAUGGAAGUUGUUCAUGAUCACGGGGAUCAUGAUCGCCCGUGGAGCAAAUACGAGCAACAAGGAGGAGACUCACAAAGAAGGCAAUACCAAAUCAGGCGCGGAGGGCAAUCUCACGAAUGACAGCAAGCAGGCUUCAUCGGGCUCUUCUGUUACGGACUUUGUCUGGGCAAUUAGGCUAGCGAAGUUAUCUAAAUCCUUUGGUCAGGUGAUACUCCAGAGGGACUGGUCGAUGAUAACAGAGUCGGAGGGUGCAACAUUUGGGCCAGGCGAUGACGAAGUAGACGUUGCUGACGUGGUGGCUAGAGAGGGUAUGGAGGAGAUUGGAUUCGUGGUCGAAGAUGAGGAACUGGAACUGGCAUUUGUGCUCAACUAA